AUGUCGCCCAUCGACGAUUUUUGCAUGCGCCUCAAGAAGCUUGCCGAUGAGCUCCGUGAUCUCGGGGAGACGAUCGGCGACGAGCUCCUCAUCUGCACCCUCACCGCCGGUCUCAACGAGGAUUUUGGGAACGCCGCCUCCAACCUCACCCUCAUCCCGGAGCCUACCUUCACUAAGGUGGUGGCGUACCUCAAGCUGGAGGAGCGCCGGAUGCGGAUGGCGCGGACUCGUGCAACCCACACCGCCCUCGUUGCCGGCACCCGCGGGGGUCAAGCCCCACCACCUCCGUGCCUGACGCCACCCCGGCCGGCGGUGCCCGCUUUCCUGCCCGGCUUCCCGCCCGCCCGGCUGCUCCCUUCUCGCCGCCCUAGUCAGCGGCCAAUGGGGGGGUCGUCGCAGUGGCCGUCGCGGCGGCCGCGAGCAAGGGGCGCGGGCGCUCAGGCAGGAGCACCCCGCCCGCCGCAGCAGGCCUAUCAGCCGGACCCGUGGUACGCCGGCCAGAAUCCAUGGACCGGCGUUGUGCAUGCCUACUCCAUGCCGGUUCCCCGUGCCCCUGCCCCGGGUAUCCACGGCGCCCGGCCACCGUCGCACCAGGCAUUCUACGUCGCGCCUUAG